UCUAAACUGGAGCCUCUUUUCUCAGACGAACAGCGGCGACGGGCGUGCGGGCGUGCAAAAGAUGACUUUCAGCAACCACACCCGUUGUAUGUGUAAGCCAAGUGAGGUGGACGCUUUCGAAGUUGAACCCGCAGCGUCUGUGAUAUGCAACUGCCCGAGGCACUUCACAUCAACCCCGGUGGGAGGGCGUUGCACCUGCAUCUGCACGGAGGGGAAUCCCCGUUGCAAGCGCUACAAGAAAGGAAAGCGAUUUUUCUCCUCUUCCGAAACAGAAUGCAUCUCUAACGGAGAAUGCACUACACCUACCUGCGAGUAUGGACCUUUCCUGCUAAAGAAACACAGGUGCCCCAGACGCAGAGAGAGAGAGCGCUAUACCAUCAGCAGGAGGUAAACGGAACAACGAAGGAGAGGAGACAGAAAGGGAGAGAAAGAGAUGGAAAGAGAGUGAAGGAGAUGGAAAGGGAGUGAAGGAGAUGGGAAGAAGGGGAUAGAAAGAGAGAGAAAGAAGUAAGAAAAGAGUGAAGGAUAUAGAAAAAGGGAGAAAAGGAAGAGAGAAGGCAGGAAGAGAGAGAAGAAUGGAAUGCCGUUAAUUGUAUACCGAAGACGGAACAAGAGGAGAGAGAGAAGAGGGAAAGACAAGAAGAAAAAGUGAAGGAGAGAGAGAGAGAGAGAGAGAGAGAGAGAGAGAGAGAGAGAGAGAGAGAGAGAGAGAGAGAGAAUAAUGCCGUUAACAGUACAAAAUAGAUGGAAUUAAGAAGUGGAGUGGAAAUAAAAAAAAUAAAAAAUAAAAAAAUUAGGGUAUAAAGUUGUAUAUGUCCUUAACAAUCGGACAAGAAAGAUAAAAACAUAGAUAAGAAAUGGAGUUGACAGAGUAAGAGUAACUGAAAAUAAGAAAGGAUAGAACAAACAAAUAUGAGAGAGAGAGAGAGAGAGA